AUGGAGAAGGAGUUUGCUCGGGUAAUAAAGCAAAAUGUCAAUUUAGCAGAUGUUUUGGAACAUCAGCUGGUUAAGUGGCAUUUUAUUCCGCCGGGAAGUCCUCACUUCGGAGGAUUUUGGGAGGCCGCAGUUAAAUCCAUGAAAUACCACUUAAAAAGGGUCAUUGGAGAAAACAAGAUGACGUUUGAAGAAAUGAGCACCCUUCUGGCUCAGAUAGAGGCGAUUUUAAAUUCCAGACCCAUGUGCGACAUCAGUAACGGCGAUGAGAGUAUGGACGUUCUUACUCCUGAUCAUUUCUUAAUUGACCGACCAAUGAUAGAUGCUCCAGAAUUUGUAAACGACGCAGCGAUCGGCUGCCUAGACCGAUGGAAAUUGGUGCAGAAAAUGAGAAAACAUUUUUGGAACAAUUGGACAAACGACUAUUUGACCAAUUUACAACAGAGCUACAAAUGGAAGACAGCAAGUCAAAAUCUACAAGAAGGUCAAGUGGUCAUUGUGAAGAACGAGGAAACUCAUCCGGCGAGGUGGCCUCUAGGACGGAUUAUGAAUGUGCAUCCUGGGAAAGACGGCUUGGUGCGAACUGUCACAGUAAAAACUGCUUCAAAUUCAUUAAAGAGGCCAAUAAAUAAGAUAUGUCCUUUGGAGAAUGUGUCAUCAAAACAAGAAACACCGAAUGUUACACGGGUCAACUGUACAACGCUUGGUAGCGGAUCAAAAGUUAAAAUAUCUUAUAUCUAG